AUGGGGGCGAUGACGCGAUUGGAGAAGCUUUUCCUUGGCUGGGUGUCCCUCCAGAACCUGCCGGACACCAUCUGCUCCCUCCCCCUCUCCUCCCUCGCCAUCCACGCAUGCCCUGCACUCACCUCUCUUCCUGACAAUCUCGGAUCUCUGGCACACCUUGAAACGCUAGUGCUGGUCAAUCUGCGCAACCUUUCUGCUCUGCCCGAGAGCGUGGGCAACUUACAGCGAUUGAGGUCGUUGCAAAUCGAGAGUGUGCGUCUGCUGCAGCUGCCCGAAAGCCUGUGCACGGGGAAUGUGAGGCACAGCCUGCAGAAGCUUUACCUGCGUGGCUGCAGUGAACUGAGGCGGCUGCCCCCGCAGCUGGCCAUGCUGACGCGCCUCGAAGAGCUCGAAAUCACCGGCUGCCCUCGCCUCGAGUCCCUAGACCCUCUGUUUGCUCCGAAUCCCGCAUUAGGCGUGACCUGCUCCCAUGCUUCUGCUCUCUCCGUUAAUCCUGCCCCUGCCCCUCCUCCUGACCUUGCCCCUCGCCCUCCUCUUGACCCUGCUCCUGCUUCUGCCACUGUCGCUCCUACAGCCGCUGCUGCUGGCCCCACCACUGCUUGCACUCAUACCGAUAAGGCCAGUAGUGGGUACCACAUUGGACCUCAAUAA